CAGCCCCUUAGGUCCAUCGCGACCUGUGUGCGGAUUGGAAACGGAAACCCUCGAACACAUCAAUCUAACGCAUACUACACUGGAACAUUGUCUUCCACACCGAUGUAUGCUGGGCGUCCACUAUUAUUUCGCUCCAAAUGUAUUGUAUUUCGAUUCGACAGUAUGGUUUCAUGCGGGAUUGCUGCCCCAUUGUGUCGCUGGCUCUCAACUGCUGGACGUGAAGUGAAACUAAUGCCGCCGGAAAUUUCGGGAUCAGCUUCUGAGAAAGUUUAUCCGUUGCAUAUAGACAAACUUGUGGAUGACAUUUCGCGGCUUACACUCCUGGAAGUCUCGGAACUCACAGAAUGUUUACAGAAGAGAUUGAACAUCAAGAGCCCGAUGUUCACGCUUCCCAGCACAGGAUCAACGCCACAAACAUCGACUGAACCCGAGACUACUGAAGAUGAACUGCCAACAGUGAAGACCUCCUUUACGGUGAAGCUGGCAAAGUUCGAUGCAACGAAGAAGGUUCAGUUGAUCAAGGAGAUUAAGUCCUUGCUUCCUGAAAUGAACUUAGCUCAGGCGAAAAAGUUUGUUGAAUCUGCGCCUGGAGACUUGAAAACUGACGUGAGCAAGGAUGAGGCUGAGGAAAUCAAAAAGACGCUGGAAUCCGCCGGGGCAACUAUUGUGAUUGAAUAGAAUUCUCAUGUACAGCUCAUAUAGUUUAUAUAACAAGUGAUACUCAAUGUAUAUCGCCCUCUUCGGUUUUAUCUCUCUCGAGGGCGCAUUUUCUUGCGCCGCAGAUAUUAGUAUACGGCAGUAUUACUACGAUGACAAUGAUGGCCCUUCUGUCUGUGUGUCACGCACUAUACCAUUUUCCACCUAUGUUCGUGAAUAGUUGAAUUAAAUUCGUUUGAUCACGAAGCGAAA